AUGGCGGCUAAGCGGAGAGCUGAAAGUCAGGUUCCUCCUGAAGAAAGUGAUAUGUUAGUUAUUAGACCACUCGGUGCUGGUCAAGAAGUUGGUAGAUCAUGUAUAAUUAUGGAAUUUAAAGGUAAAAAAAUAAUGUUAGAUUGCGGCAUCCAUCCAGGUCUUUCGGGAAUGGAUGCUUUGCCAUUCGUCGAUUGGAUCGAAGCCGACGAAAUCGAUCUUCUCCUAAUAUCGCACUUUCAUCUUGAUCAUUGUGGAGCAUUACCUUGGUUCUUACAAAAGACGACAUUUCGAGGACGCUGUUUUAUGACACAUGCCACUAAAGCUAUAUAUCGAUGGCUAUUGGCAGAUUAUAUUAAGGUUAGUAAUAUAGGGACAGAACAAAUGCUUUAUACCGAAAGUGAUCUUGAAGCAAGUAUGGAGAAGAUUGAAUUGGUUAAUUUUCAUGAAGAAAAAUCAGUAAAUGGUAUCAAGUUCUGGUGUUACAAUGCUGGACAUGUUUUGGGAGCAGCAAUGUUUAUGAUUGAAAUAGCCGGAGUUAAAGUUCUUUAUACGGGAGACUUUUCCUGUCAAGAAGAUCGACAUUUGCCUGCUGCAGAAAUACCCACUGUUCAUCCAGAUGUGCUUAUUGUAGAAUCAACUUAUGGAACACACAUUCACGAGAAAAGAGAAGAACGAGAAGCACGAUUUACUGGAUUAGUUCAUGAUAUUGUGAACCGGGGUGGAAGAUGUCUAAUUCCUGUAUUUGCUUUAGGAAGAGCUCAAGAACUGUUACUCAUAUUAGAUGAAUAUUGGUCUAAUCAUCCCGAACUACAUGACAUUCCCAUUUAUUAUGCAUCUUCCUUAGCUAAGAAAUGUAUGGCUGUAUAUCAAACGUAUGUAAAUGCAAUGAAUGAUCGUAUUCGUCAUCAGAUUGCUAUUAAUAAUCCAUUCGUGUUUAAACACAUUUGUAAUUUAAAAAGUAUUGAUCAUUUUGAAGAUGUUGGUCCUUGUGUAGUCAUGGCAAGUCCAGGUAUGAUGCAAAGUGGUCUUUCAAGAGAGUUAUUUGAGAGUUGGUGUAUUGAUGCAAAAAAUGGUGUUAUCAUUGCUGGUUAUUGUGUAGAAGGUACGUUAGCAAAACAUAUUUUAACUGAACCCGAAGAAAUUACCACUAUGAAUGGGCAAAAGCUUCUUUUGAAGAUGUCUGUUGAUUACAUAUCAUUUUCUGCUCAUACGGAUUACCAACAGACUAGUGAAUUUAUUCGAAUGUUAAAACCGCCACAUAUUGUGCUAGUUCAUGGAGAACAGAAUGAAAUGAAUCGACUAAAAGCUGCAAUCAUUAGAGAAUAUGAAGAUGAUAAUGAAACACAAGUUGAGGUUCAUAAUCCAAGGAAUACACAGAGUGUAGAAUUAUAUUUUCGAGGUGAAAAAACAGCUAAAGUCAUGGGCAGUUUAGCAGUAGAUCCUCCAACUCCUGGACAUAAGGUUUCAGGUAUACUUGUGAAAAGAAAUUUUAGUUAUCAUCUUCUUGCUCCCACUGAUCUUUCAAAAUAUACUGACAUGGUUAUGAGUGUCGUAAGUCAAAGACUUAGUAUUUAUUUUACUGGAAACUUCCAAUUAUUGCACUUUUAUUUAAAUCAACUGUCUGGUGAUGUGGAAGUUAUAGAUAUCAAAGGGAAAAAAGCUCUUAAGGUUUUCAAAAAGAUAAUGCUAACUCAAGAAGGAAGAAGAAUUACAUUGGAAUGGAAUGCCAGUCCUGUUAAUGACAUGUAUGCAGAUGCUGUGGUAGCUGUAAUAUUAAAAACAGAAUCAUCCAUGUUAGGCUCAAAGGCUAUACCACCUGUUUUUAAAGUGGACAAAAUGCAUUAUACAGAAUGUUUAAUGGAAAUGUUAGGAAAUAUGUUUGGAGAAGAAUCUGUUAGCAAAAUUGUUAAAAAUGAUAGAAUGAUGAUAACCGUUGAUGGUAAAUGUGUCACAAUUAAUCUGAGAACUCAAGAAGUUAAAUGUGAUGAAGAUGAAGGUCUGCAGCAAACAAUAAGCACAGCAGUAAAAAAACUGUAUAUUUCUUUAGCUCCCAUGAAAAUUUAAAUUUUUGUUUUUUUAUAACAUUAUUAAACAUAAUGUG